CACUGACAACUCACCAGGAUGACGCACUUCCGGUGUGGAUGUCCGCAGCUGGAGGAGGGUGACGGGAGCCGGGAACCGGUACCGGGAGGAGGAUGGCGUGCACCCUGCUGGAGUUCUGCCGCUUCCAGGACAUUCGGCAGGUCCGGGACUUCCUGUUCCCCCAGCUGAGAGAGGAGAAGAAGGAAGUGGAAAACUUAUCCAGCUGGGAAAAUGAAGACUGGGGAUCGUGGGAGGAGAAAGAAAUCAAAGAAGUACCGGCGGAAGAAGAAGUCUCCGGUAAAGCCCCGUCUGUGUACUGGCUGCAGGACUGCGUGCUCUCCCUGUCACCCACCAACGAUCUCAUGGUGAUCGCCCAUGAACAGAAAGCUGUAUUCUUAGCACCUAAAUGGAAGGCUGAUGGGAAAGGCCGGGAGGAGAUGCAGUAUGAAGUGGUCUGGAGCGGCUCUCUAAAUGUUGAAGAGAACGAGUUUAUCAGCAGCGCGUUGUGCAUCCCGUUGGCGAGCCAGAAAAGGAGCUCUACCGGGAGGCCGGACUGGACCUGUAUCGUCAUCGGCUUCACAUCUGGUUACGUGCGGUUUUACACUGAGAGUGGGGUUCUGCUCCUUGCCCAACUUUUAAAUGAAGAUCCAAUUCUUCAGCUCAAGAGCAGGACCUAUGAGAUCCCAAGACACCCAGGAGUCACUGAGCAGCAUGAAGAAAUGAGCAUCCUUUACCCAUCUGCUAUUGUGACCAUCGAUGGCUUCAGCCUCUUCCAGUCACUCAGGGCUUGUCGCAAUCAAGUAGCACGAGCUGCUGCUUCUGGCAACGAAAACGUCCAGCCCCCUCCUCUGGCCUAUAAGAAGUGGGGUUUGCAGGAUAUUGACACUAUAGUUGAUCAUGUCAGCGUUGGCAUCACGGCCCUCUCUCCAUUUGAUCAGAUGAAGACUGCCUCCGUUUUGGGGGGCUUUAAUGCCGCCAUAAAGAGCAGCCCUCCCACCAUGUCUCAGUAUAUUACUGUGGGUUCUAAUCCGUUCACCGGCUUCUUUUUUGCCCUGGAGGGCAGUACGCAGCCAUUAUUAUCCCACGUGGCUCUCGCAGUUGCCAGUAAACUGACCUCAGCCCUCUUUAGUGCUGCCAGUGGCUGGCUAGGCUGGAAGAGCAAACACGAGGAAGAACCACAGCAGAAGCAAAAACCUAAAGUUGAGCCUGCUACCCCUCUGGCUGUCCGGUUUGGCCUCCCAGAUUCUCGACGUCAUGGGGAGAGCAUCACUCUGUCUCCCUGUAACACACUCGCCGCGGUGACCGAUGACUUUGGGAGAGUGAUUCUGCUGGAUGUAGGAAGAGGAAUUGCAGUACGCAUGUGGAAAGGUUAUCGAGAUGCCCAGAUCGGAUGGAUGCAGAUAGUGGAGGACCUGCAUGAGCGGGAAGCUGACAGAGGACACUUCUCUCCCUUUGGGAGCACCCAGGGGCCAUGUAGAGUCGCCCAGUUCUUGGUCAUUUAUGCUCCCAGACGCGGGAUUCUGGAGGUGUGGAGCACCCAACAAGGUCCACGCGUUGGGGCUUUUAAUGUGGGGAAACACUGCAGAUUGCUGUACCCCGGGUAUAAGAUCAUGGGGUUGAACAAUGUGACAAGCCAAGGCUGGCAGCCGCAGACAUAUCAGAUCUGCCUGAUAGACCCAGUGUCUGGGAAUGUGAGGACGGUCAACAUCCCGUUCCAUCUGGCUCUCAGUGAUAAGAAAUGUGAAAGGGCGAAAGACAUGCAUUUAGUAAAGAAGCUGACCACAUUGCUAAAAGCUAAAGCUACAAACCAUGACCGCUUGGAAGCCGAAGCAAAGGAGAUUCUCCUAGAUAUUAAAUAUCCUGCCACCAAGAAACAGGCCUUGGAGAACAUCCUCGCCAGUCAGCGCGUGCCGCUCUCCUCACUCACCAGCAUCACGCAGACUUUGCUGGACUCUCUCAGGAGCCAAGAGGUGGACUAUGUGGACGAGGGUCUGCUUGGGUUUUGUGAGGACCGACUGAAACUUCUACACAUCUAUGAAUCUGUCCAGAAUAUCAGUUCUCUUGCUGUGGAAACAGAUAACUCGCCUUCUACCAAAGAGCUGGCUCUGCUGCUGAGGCUGGAGGAGAAGGAGCUGACAAGACUACAGACUCUAAUACGGAACUACAAGCAGGAGCACACUAGGACAGGCGUGCGCUUUGCUGACGAUGAGGACGGAGUGUUGCCAGUAAAGGCGUUCCUGGAGUACCUGGAGUGUGAGCAGAAAAUGAUCAAUGUAAAGAAGAUAAGUGAGGAGGAAUAUAUUGCAUUAGGAUCCUUCUUUUUCCGGAAGUGUCUACACGGUGAAUGUUCCACAGAGCAGAUGUGCGAGACCUUGGAGAAGGCAGGACUGAGCCCGCAGCUACUACUGUCCCUGCUUCUCAAAGUUUGGCUCUGGAAGGAGAGGGAGAUCCUGGAAAACACGAAGUCUCUCUGCUGUCUCCAUAACAUGCUGUCUCGACUGAGCAACAUGAAAGUGGCCAUAGAUGAGACUUGGGAUCUGCAGUCUGUCUCCCCCUGGUGGCAGAAGAUGCGAACUGCAUGCGUACAGUCAACCAGCAACGGAGCCGCUUUAUUGUCUGCCCAUGUUGGGCACUCCGUGGCCGCCAACAUCACUAAUGCCCUGGCAGAGAAGAAGUUUCAAAAAUCAUUUCAGGAAGAUGACGGCGAGUCCAUGACCGACUCCUGGGAAGCUCUCUCCUUAGACACGGAGUACUGGAAGCUCUUAUUGAAGCAGCUGGAAGACUGUCUCAUCCUCCAGACCCUUCUGCACUGUAAGGGGUUGUCAAAGACGACGAAAAUAUCCUCCCUGCAGGCGGAGCCUCUCGGGAAACUCUCUGUGAAGAAACUGCUGGAAGGCGGGAAAGGCGGUGUAGCGGACACAGUGGCCAAGUGGGUAUUUAAACAAGAUAUAUGCCCUGGGUUGUUAAAGCUGGCUAAGGAGAAGAGGGAAUCACAGGGAUGCAGUGGACCGGAGCCAGAAGAGACAAGUAUGGCCGUAGCUACUGUGGAGACCAAUCAAUCAGAAGAUGCCAAGGAGGAAUGUCAAGUGGUGGAGCUGAUGAAUCUGGUUUACCAGCAUUUCCCGUGUAGUCUGGAUCUAGACGUGUUGCUCGCCCACUGUUGCUGGGAGUAUAUGGUUCAAUGGAACAAGGAUCCAGAGGAGGCGCAUUUUCUUGUCCGGUCUGUGGAUCAUCUAAAGAACAUUACUAAUGCUCAUGUACAGUUUGGGCUGUCCCUGAUGAUGUGGAAUACAUUUAUUAUUAAGCGAUUCUCAGCUGCUGCGUAUCUCAUGGAUAAGGUCGGGAAAUCGCCAAAGGAUCGGUUGUGUAGACGGGAUGUUGGGAUGAGCGAUACAUCUCUGACCACCUUCCUGGGAAGUUGCUAUGACCUCUUACAGACAAUGAUGGAGGCUGACGUCAGCAGUGAGGAGAUGUCUCCCCCUUUGCUGGAGGUAGAAGACGCAUGGAUAUCGGUGGAGGGGCCCAACUCUAUCGUGGAGCUCGCACUGGAGCAGAAGCACAUUCACUAUCCUUUAGUGGAGCACCAGUUUGUGUUGUGCGCCAUCAUGUACUCCAUCAUGAGCUGCUCCCUCAAGUCUGUGAAACCUCUGGCUCUCUUUGACAGUAAGGGGAAAAACGCCUUCUUCAAAGAUCUUACGUCAAUUCAGCUGUUACCCAGCGGAGACCCGGACCCCAGUAUAGUCAGUCUACGACAACAGUUUUUGAUGAAGCUGAUCAGCGCGGCCGUCCAGGCUCAGUUCCAGUCACAGAUUACGGUGAAGACGGAAGAUGCCAAAUCGGAUGUGGAGCAGAAGCCCUUGGACUGGCCGACAGUCGCUGUGGACCUGGCAACACAACUGCAAGUGAACGAAGACACGCUGCGGCGACAUUAUGUGUACGAGCUGUACAACUACGGCUUUGAUCAUAUUGCUGAAGAGGCUAUCCUUCAAGUCAUGGACAAAGAGGUUUUAGCCUCUCAGCUUCUCGUUCUUACCGGGCAGCGGCUGGCGCACGCACUAUUACACACUCAGACGAAAGAGGGGAUGGAACUUCUGGCCAGACUGCCACCGACACUCUGCACGUGGAUCAAAGCAAUGGAUCCCCACGAUCUCCAGAACACGGACGUCCCCAUCCCGACCACAGCUAAACUGGUGGACAAAGUGGUGGAACUGUUGCCAGAAAAUCACGGCCAGUACGGCCUCGCCUUGAACCUCAUAGAAGCGGUGGAAGCCAUGUCUGCCUUGUGACCUCUUUGUAAAUGAUCUAAGUCUAUACCAGCCAUGAUGUCUAUGUGAGAAUCCCUGUGUAAUUAAUACAAUCGCUGUUAAUAUUCUGUCCCCGGAUAAUAUGCAAAUAUGUUAGAUAAAGGACGAACUGUUACGUGAAGAUCCCCCAAUAUUUAUACAGCAGAUUACCCACAAUCCCUUAUCCUUCCUGUCUCUGGAUAUAAGGAAGCCGGAUGCUACUGAAGACCUGAUCCACUGCUGGGGCCCACAAUCAAAGUGCUCUUAAUAGCAGCCAUAGACAUUGUAGGGAGCUGUGGGGACCCCUCUGUAGUGCCGCUUCUGAUCAGGCCCCCCUCCCCCCCCUGGGAUUGCUAGAAUGGGAAAACUUGUCUUUUCAAUCAUUAAUCUGCAUUGCUAACAGUACAAAGUAUUAAAUAAACGGACAAUAUUUUAACGGGAUGCGAGUUCUUAGUG